AUGCAAGCUGUUCAACCUUCUACAACCGAUAAGCUAAAGAUGGGAGCCAUUAUGGGGUCAGCUGCUGGACUCGGCAUUGGUUUCCUUUUCGGCGGCAUGGCUGUGCUACGAUAUGGACCUGGGCCACGCGGCUUUUUAAGAACCUUGGGUCAGUAUAUGCUUACUUCUGCCGCUACUUUUGGUUUCUUCAUGUCCAUCGGUUCGGUCAUUCGUAACGAGGAUAUUCCUCAAUUGGGUUACAAAGGCGUCGAGUGGUCUCCAAAAUUAAUGCAACAACGUUCUAUUUAUGAUCGUAUCUUAGCAGAAAGCUCCCGUCGUGAGGAUAUCUCAUCUAACGCUUCAAACUCCGAGUAA